AUGGCAACGCAAACUCAAACCAUUCCCAUCACAUCCCAACAGGAUCGACCGACCAUCGAGACCAAGCUCGGGUCGAGGUCGGCUCCAAAGUCAGACGAUUCUUUGAAAGAUGUCAAAGCAUUCGAUGUCACUCCGGUUAUUGGCCGCGAGUACCCAGAAGCGGAUCUCAAGGAGUGGUUGGGAAGUCCUAAGGCUGACCAGCUCAUCAAAGACCUGGCCAUCACGAUCUCUCAGCGUGGCGUUGUUUUCUUCCGGAAGCAAGAUGGCCUGACCAAUGACCUGCAGAAGAAACUUGUGCAAAGGCUCGGCGAGCUGUCUGAGACGCCCAAGGAGUCCGGCUUACACAUUGGUCCCGUCUCCAACAGUGGUCGUACACUGGGUGGCAGGGACGAUGAAAUCAGUGUCAUCUCCUCCGAGCAAGCCAAGAAAUUGUACAAGAAUCGUAUCUUCGGCGGUACCAAGCAGAGUCGUAAAGAGGGCUGGCAUGGCGACAUCACGUUCGAGCACGUCCCGAGUGACUACGCCAUCCUACGAUUGGCCGAGCUACCAGAGACGGGAGGCGACACUUUUGGCGAGCGAGGGAACCCAGAGAACGUCGGCUCCGAGCUCACAGCUGUACAUCCCGUUGUCCGCACAAACCCGGUCUCGGGCUGGAAAAGCAUCUUCGCCGUGGGCCAUCACGCAAAGCGCAUCAACGAGGUCGCAGAGCCAGAGAGUGAACACCUAUUGAAGUGGUUCACGCAGCUGAUCGUGGAGAAUCAUGAUCUCCAGGUCAGGUACAAGUGGCAGAAUCCCAAUGAUGUGGCGAUCUGGGACAAUCGCAGUGUCUUCCAUACAGCGACCUACGAUUACGAUGGUGUGAGGACUGGACAGAGGGCGGUCAGCAUUGGAGAGAAGACGUACUUGGACCCCAAUAGUACGAGUAGACGCGAGGCGCUGGGUACGGUGGCGACGUAG